AUGAAUAACAUUACCAACAGCGCAACCCUAACAUCCAGAACUAUACUGUUUGCGGGGGAGCUAUUGGUAUGCACGUCGAUGGUUACCGGGAUAACCGUACUUUUAUAUUUCUUACUAGCUAGACAUCCACGUGCAAUUCGGAUGGUGACCGCUAAUGGUUGGUCAUUCGCUGUGUACGUAGCGCCAUAUGCAAUCAAUUUUAUGGUGUGUUGGCAUCUCCUGUUAGCGUUCGAAAGAGUGAUCCUGUCCACAUGGAUCAUAGAUUUCACGUCCAGAUACUAUGUAACAUCCAAAGUAACCUUGAACGUCACCGCAUUCGUCACCAAGCACCAUCUUUUCUGGACACGGUCCAAUUACUUCUACAAAGCUAUGUUGUUUGUCGGCCACUUGGUUCUGGUAGCCACAUCAGAAGCUAUGUGCUACGAAAAAUAUGAAAAGACGACAAUACACGUAGCUAUGCUACUGUUGCUCUGCCUGACCGUACUCAUAUUGAUAACGCCGGAAAAUACAUAUCAAAGGUUGGUGUUAACUGACCUUCUUACUUGGAAGCGAUUCUCAUUGAUUUACGGACUGGUGACAAGCGCGUGUCACAAUUGGCUUAAUUCUGGCAGUAGAGGAGCCGUCGACACAUUACUGCUGGUACUUGUGGUGCAUGUACAGCUGGUGUUCCUGUGCAUCACGUACUUUUCAGACGGCCAGCAAAUAUUACGUAACAUUAUCGGUCUGGGCACAUACAAUCCAAUGGCAGAUUCGCUGGACAUAUAUUUCACAAUGGACUCGAUAGUGUCAAGAACUGGCGCAUAUAUCGACAACCGAAAUUAA